AUGCCCCGCAGUCUUUUAAUCACUGGUGCCACCGGAAAGCAAGGUGGCAGUGUCGUGGAAGCUGUCCUCUCUCGUUUCUCUAAAGAAUUCACUAUUCUCGCGGUUACCCGAAAUGCACAAUCGCCCUCAGCCCUACGUUUGGCCAGGAAGUCAUCAGCCGUCAAACUCGUCGAGGGAAACCUUGACGACGUACCCUCCCUUUUUCGAGCUGCGAAAAAGGUUUCCUCUGGCCCCAUCUGGGGUGUCUAUUCAGUUCAAGCCGCUGUCACCAAGGGAACCACUUUCGAGGGAGAAAUACGCCAAGGCAAAGCACUCAUCGAAGAGUCCAUCAAGAACGACGUGAAGCAUUUCGUCUACAGCAGCGUUGAUCGUGGUGGCAACGAGCGGUCCUGGACUAACCCAACGCCAAUCCCGCAUUUCAAAUCAAAGCAUCAGAUCGAGCAAUUUCUCCGCGAUAGUGUCGAAAACAAGAAGUCUGCUAUGGGAUGGACAAUCCUACGCCCUGUCAUAUUCUUAGAUAAUAUCUCCCCAGACUUCCAGUCCAAGGUAUUCAUGACGAGCCUCCGCAUUGCCAUGAAAGAUAAGCCAUUACAAUGGGUUGCUACUUCGGAUAUUGGCGUCUUUGCAGCUGAGACGUUUGCCGGCCCUGAUAGAUUUGAUAAGAAAGCUAUAGGACUGGGCGGAGAGGAGCUUACUUUCGAGGAAUUGGACCAUAGGUUCAGGAGCGUGACAGGUAACGGCGUCGGCACGACGGUGGGACUGUUAGACAAGGCACUCAAGGCAGGGGUCAAGGAAGUCGGUCUGAUGUUGGAUUGGUUCAAGGAAGAGGGCUAUAACGUGGACAUGCAGCUCGCUAGAAGCCUCCAUCCGCACAUUAAGGAUGUUAGAGCGUGGCUAAAGCAGGACAGCGCCUUUGUCACACAAUCGAACUCAUAG